AUGCUCCUCCCCAACCAACGCCCAGACUAUUUGCGGCUCAUUCUCACUGCUAGGGUUUAUGACAUCGUUAAAGAGACUCCGCUUGUUCGUGCCGCUGGUUUGAGUGCACGGCUCGGGAACGAGAUCUACCUUAAGCGAGAAGACUUGCACAAUGUGUUUAGCUUCAAAAUUCGUGGUGCCUACAACUUUAUGGCAAGUCUGUCAGAGGACGAACGCUGGAAGGGAGUGGUCACAUGCAGUGCAGGAAACCAUGCGCAAGGAGUAGCACUGGCUGGUGCAUCGCUUAGGAUCCCAUGUACGAUUGUCAUGCCUCUUGGUACGCCUGGUAUCAAAGUACGGAACGUAGAGCGACUUGGAGGGAAGGCUGUUCUGCACGGCGCCGAUUUCGACGAGGCCAAGGCCGAAUGUGCUCGUCUAGCCGCACAACAUGGGUUGGUUUUUGUUCCACCCUAUGACGAUCCUUUGGUUAUUGCCGGACAAGGAACAGUCGGUAUGGAAAUACUCAAGCAAAUUCCCAAUCCCUCCGAAUUGGAUGGGAUAUUUGCGGCGGUAGGGGGAGGUGGAUUGUGUGCUGGAAUCUGCGAAUAUGUCAAACGUAUUGGAUCCCCAGGGAUUCAAGUUUUUGGAGUAGAGACGAAGGAUGGAGACGCCAUGGAAAGAAGCUUAGCCGCUGGCGAGCGAGUCACUCUGUCCGAAGUUGGUCCUUUCUCAGACGGGACGGCGGUGAAGAUUGUAGGAGAGGAGCCGUUUAGAAUUUGCAAGGAAUUAUUGAACGGGGUUGUCAAGACUGACACAGAUGAGAUUUGCGCUGCAAUCAAGGACAUCUUCGAAGAGACUCGUUCCGUUACCGAACCCGCCGGAGCACUGGCAUUGGCAGGCCUGAAGCGUUAUAUCCUCGAUAAUAAUCUUCUGGGAGCUCAAAAGCGCUUUGUCGCUGUUGUCAGUGGUGCAAACAUGAAUUUCGACCGAUUGAGGUUUGUCGCGGAGCGCGCGGAACUUGGUGAGGGCCGAGAGGCGUUGCUGAGUGUCGAAGUUGACGAGAAGCCUGGAAGCUUUAUCGCGCUUCACUCAAUCAUUCACCCAAGGGCUAUUACCGAGUUUAUGUACCGAUACUCGGCACCUACUGGGUUUCCUAUUUCCGCACCGAACGGAGCAACGCUGUCUCGAGCACACAUUUUCCUUUCGUUCCGCUUGCAAGCAGCAACCCCCGCUGCCCGCCAGCUGGAGAUUAAGAAGCUUUUAGAUGAUAUGAAAGCAGAAGGCAUGAAGGGAACGGACAUUAGCGAUGAUGAAUUAGCCAAGGGACAUUUGAGAUACAUGAUUGGUGGCAGUAGUGCUGUUCAGGAUGAGAGGCUAUUCCGGUUUGAAUUUCCCGAAAGGCCAGGAGCGCUACGUAAAUUCCUGCUAGAAAUACGAUCUGGUUGGAAUAUCUCGCUCUUCAAUUAUCGCAAUAACGGUGCUGAUCUCGCCCGAAUUCUCGCCGGCAUUCAAGUUCCUCCAAAUGAAUACGCUGAAUUUGAGCAAUUCCUUACCAAGUUGGGGUAUCCAUACAUAGAAGAAACCCAAAAUCCCAUUUAUAGAGCAUUCCUCCGCAGCGGUGGAUCUUCGGGAAGUUCAACGCCGACAAGAGAAUCUUAG